AUGCAAGCGGAUCAGUCAAGCGCCACCAAGGGCGCCCCCUACACUCUCGACAUUUUGUCGUUGACGAGCGAGGCUAGAAACUCAUAUGGACUGCGUCGUCAGGAAUAUGGACGUUAUAGACACCACUGCACCCAAAGACUUCACAGGAUCAGAAAGACCCUUGGAUUCACUCAUGGAAAGGACAAGUCGUUUGCCUCCCGCCCCAUCACCGCCGAGACUGUCGAUGAUGAAAAGUACUUGCACUUAAUGCUGUUCCAGGCUGAGCGUGCCUGGGGAUACGCCAUGGAGAUCAAGGCAUUGUCGGUGGCAUUGGACGACACCCGCAAGCUGCAGCAUUACAUGAACCGAUUGAAGAAGGCUGCCAAGAUCGCUGGAGAACUGGAGGCUCUCUGCUCAACAAAGGCUGGCAAGGUCGAUGUCCGAUCUACGCUCGACGCCCAGGCCUACUCUGCAUUGAUGUCGGGAUACGUCCUCUUUGAGGCUCAACAGUGGCAGGGCGCCUUGGUGAAGUUUUCAGCUGCUCGUGCUAUCUACGACAAACUGUCGUUGGCUGGAACUUCGCAUCAGGAGGCAUUGUGCCACGCUGCUAUGGAUGAGAUCGACCCCAACAUUCGUUUCUGUGGAUACCGUCUGCGUUUGGCCAAGGAUGGUGUUGUCAAUGUUGAGGAGCUUGUCAAGAUGUCGGCUGCCAACAAGGCAUCUGGAUCAGACGUCCUGAUGCGCGAGAUCGAGCACUUGAUUGCACAGACCCGUCAGGAGAAGGCACAGGAUCUGGAAUCAAUUCAGUGGAGAUCCCAUGUCUUGCCCUUGAAGAACCCCAAGUUGGCCACAGCCAUCUUGGCUGCUCAGGAGACAGCAGCCGAGUUGAGCAACUUGCAGGGAACCACCUCUGAGGCCAAGCUGGAGCAGUUUGACAAGGUCUUGCAGGCCUAUGCCGAGGCCGAGAAGCAUGUCAAGAAGGCUCUCAAGGAGGAUGCUAUCGCAGCAGCAAAGGUCAAGUCGUCAAAGUCGGAGCAGAACACUGCAGACUUGAACAUGAUUGUUACAUAUAUCAGCUACUCCAGCCUCCGUACUACCAUCGACCGCAACUUGCUUCUCGCCAAGGAUGUCUACAAUAAGCUGGAGGGAGAUGAGGCAACCACAGACAGGAACGAGGAUGUGCAUUACCAGAACCUCGUCAAGGCUUACGACAACGUUGUCCAGAACUUGACGGCGAUUCAGGAACUUCCUGGUGUGGCUGCAGACACGAUUCUGACUUCAGAGGUCGAGAACAAGUUGUUGUAUUACAAAGCCUGGAGAUGCUUCUUCACAGCAACGGCAUACUCCAAGCUGUCGCGUCAUGUGGAAGCCAUUGCGCUGUUUGACCGUGCACAGUCGUAUGCUACUCAGAUUCGCAGCGGACUUGGACGGUCAUCGGCAUCGUCGCACGGUGCUGAUGCCGACUCUUUCAGCGUAACUGAGAAGGAACUGCAGGAAAUUGAGAGCAAGAUUCGUGGACGGAAAUGCCAGGUGCAUGCGGCCUGGUAUCUCGAGAACGGACAGGAGAGCGGAGACGGUAUUGAGAACAAGUUGUCGUCGAUGAGUCUGGACGAGAAGUCAUUGGACGAGCCUGCGUUGAUUAAGCGGUUGGAUUCUUACCCAACAUCGAUUACUUCAAAAGCCAACCCAACGGUACCUCAUCUGGUCGACUUUCCUCCAGCACUGCAGCCUAUUCCCGCCAAACCAUUGUUCUUUGACAUUGCGUUCAACCAUAUGGAUUAUAACCACGCUGCUUUAGCCGAGAGGGCUGGUCAUCCCAAGUCUGGCCAGAGUGAGUCUUCGGGAGGUGGAUGGUUUGGAUCCAUUUGGGGCCGUAAGUAA